AUGGGUGAUUUACCAUUAAAUAUUGCCUCAGAUGAUUUAUCAUCAUCUGCUGUACAACUCAACGAACAAUCUAAUUUAAAUUCAAACAAUUCCAUAAAUGGUACACUAAAUACAAUUAAUAAUAGUUUUGGUAUUAGUUAUGAAACAAUGCGAAUAUUAUUUCUUGCUGUGGCUAUAAUAACUGUAUUUAUUUGUGCUAUUAUAUGUAUAUCUGUAUGUAUACGUUUCUAUCCUAAACGGUAUGUAUAA